GGCCGGCUUAGCGGCUACAAAUCAACAGACCAUCAACAAAACAGCCCAAUCACCCAACAAGGAAAUGACUGAACACAACAGAACCAUGACAUUAGAGACUCCCCAAGUUACACUUUUGAUUCCGGGAAAAAAAAAAAGUUACACUUUUGAUUUGAUCUCUUGGUAUCUUUGAAUCCUGUGGAGUUUUUACACCGGCGGUGUAUAUAUUUUAUUCUCAACAUGCAAAUACAAUGUUCCAUGGCCCCCUCUCUCUCUCCGGCUACUGCUAACCGGUGUAUUUAUUUUAUUCUCUAUCUCUCUCUCUCAAUCUCUUUAUAUCUGGUAUGGAGACAAAAAAAAGUUUCUAUUGUCAGCCUCUUUGAAGUUUCAACUGUCCUUCUCACUCGAUCACUUUAAACCCAAUUCUGCCAAACCUUGGCCACCAAGAAAUAUCAACUAAACCAUGACCGAUAAUGUCUCAAAUAUUGACCGACACAUCGCCGUCUUCGCAUUCCCAUUCGGCAGCCACUCCGGCACCCUCUUCAGGCUCGUCCGCCGCCUCGCCGCCGACGCCCCAACCGUCACUUUCUCCUUCUUCAGCACUCCUAAGACCGUAGAAUCCUUGUUCUCACCGUCAAAAAACGUCCCCCACAACAUAAAACCUUACGUGGUGUCGGACGGGGUGCCGGAGGGGCACGUGUUCUCCGGAAAUCCUGAGGAGCCCGUCAGCUUGUACCUUGCGGCGGUGGAGGAGGGGGAGGGCCUUGAGGGAGUUUUGAAGGCAGCCGAGGCUGAGAUAGGGCGGAGGAUCAGGUGCGUCGUGUCAGAUGCGUUCUUGUGGUUUGCGGGCGACUUGGCGGGGGAGAUGGGGGUGCCGUGGGUUCCGUUUAUGGUCGGGGGUGCCGGGUCUGUGUCGGCUCAUUUUUACACUGACCUGAUUAGGGAAACUGUAGGAAUCCAUGACAUUGCCAGGCGGGAAAACGACGUCGUGAAAUUCAUUCCAGGAUUUCAGGAGCUACGCCUCGGAGACUUGCCCAUGGGAGUCCUGUUUGGAAACUUGGAAUCUCCAUUCGCAAUAAUGCUACACAAAAUGGGCCGAGCUUUGCCCAAAGCAACUGCGGUUGUUAUCAACUCUUUCGAGGAAAUAAACCAGGAAAUCAACCAAGAUCUCAAGCCCAAGUUUGAAAUGUUUCUCAAUGUGAGCCCAUUUAACUCAAUAUCAUGGUCGUCCUCAUCGGGGUCACCCUCCUUGGACUCGGACAAGUAUGGAUGCAUCCCGUGGUUGGACAACCACGAAGCUGCCUCUGUUGCCUAUAUCAGCUUUGGAACAUCAGCCACACCGCCGCCGAUUGAGAUUGUGGCAUUAGCUGAAGCACUAGAAGUUAGCGGAACUCCGUUUCUCUGGUCUCUCAAAGACAAUUUCAAAGAGUUACUUCCGGAAGGAUUCAUGGAGAGAGCUAGUGAGCUGGGAAAAAUCGUCCCAUGGGCACCUCAGGAACAAGUUCUGGCACACAGUUCGGUAGGAGUUUUCGUGACUCACUGUGGGUGGAACUCGGUGUUGGAGAGCAUUGUAGCGGGUGUGCCGCUAAUUGGGAGGCCGUUCUUCGGGGAUCACCAUCUAAACACGUGGAUGGUGACAAAUGUCUGGAAAAUUGGUGUGAGUUUGGACGUAGGAGUUUUCACAAAAACUGGCACAAUGUCUGCCCUUGAACUGGUCCUGAGCCAUGAAAAGGGGAGGGAACUCAGGGAGCAAAUUGGAGAGUUCAAAGAGCUUGCUUUGAUGGCUGCUGGACCAGAAGGGAGCUCAACUCAGAAUCUCAAUACUCUGUUGGAGGUAGUAACAAAGUACAAUCUUUAGAAACGCUAAUUCCAAGAAACAAUGUUGGAUGUUACUCCCUCCGUUUCUAAACGAAAGUCCCUCUUAGGAAUUCUAAAUUUUUUAGGGAACAUGUACUAAUUACACCUGCUUUUCACCAUUACUUCUAUAUUAUACCUAUAUUUUGCGCUAUUUGUAUUUACAUAUGAAGGACAUUUUUGAAAUUUGAUCAAAUUUUAACUUCUAUUUUUGGAAAGGGACAUCAUAGUUGACGUUCCAAAAUAGAAUAAAGGACUCUCAAUUAGAAACGGAAGAAGUAUAAGAACACUUAUAUGGAAAGCUAAUUCCAAGAAUUAUUGUGCGUACGUUUGUAUGUGAGUGUGGUAGAACUAUGUUGGAUUUUAUUUUUAUCGUGGAAUCCUUAUUCAAGAUAUGGGCAACCCUUGUAGAUAUUUAAAAAGUCAUUGCUUCUUAUUUUA